CAAAUCGUUUCAACCAAGCUACCAACGACGACAUGUCGGCCAUCCAAAAUCUCAAUUUCUGUGUACGGACAAUGGAUUUGACCAGAGUCGAAAACAACAAACAGUGGGACCCACCUUAAUUAAGGUUGAUUGGUCGCAGCGAGAGAUGGGUCCCACCGUUACGGUAAAUCCGAAACAGCGGAUCAUAACCCGCGCUUCCCUCCAAACAACAGCUCGAACGUCUUACGUCACUAGAUAGACUCAAAUGACCGGUAACUCCCGGUGGAAUUUUGGAUGGAUUAUAGCUAGAAAAUGCUGUUUGGGCAACCGGAUGUAGCCGGUCAGACAGGUCAUAGCUUGUUUUCCGUUUCGUUUUGCUUUGUGGUGUAUAAAGUUGGAAAUGAAAAACUCAUAGUGAAAUCCGAUAAUGGCGUUUACCGAUGUAGAUCAAGAAGAGUCUCCUUGUUGUGAGGCUGAUAAAUCCAAUUCUUUGUUGCCGACAGCCCGGUGCGGUUGUUUUCGGCUAUCGUGCUUUGGAUCUCGCCGUGUAGCCACUGUCGGACCAUCGUGGUGGGAGCGGAUUAGGGCAUCGCAAGUUCAUAGCGAGGGACGGUGGUGGGCGAGAGGGGUUAAGGUUAUUUUGAAGCUCCGUGAGUGGUCGGAGAUUGUUGCUGGACCGAGAUGGAAGACUUUUAUUCGUCGAUUUAAUCGGAAUCGUAGUGGUGGUUGUGGUGGUGGUGGUGGUGGUGGUGGUGGAAGUGGGGUUAGGGCUGGGAAAUUUCAAUAUGAUCCUUUGAGCUACGCUAUGAAUUUCGAUGAAGGUUCGAGACAGAUUGGUGAAUUGGAUGAUGAUAUGGAUGAUUUCAAUGGUUAUCGAAACUUCUCUGCUCGUUAUGCUUCGAUUCCGGCGCCGUUGAAGACUGGAGGAACUAAGGAUGUUUCUGCCGUCGCGUAAAGGUGCGCUGUGUUUAAUAAAAUACGCCGUGUUUAGUGCUGUUAUUGUCCACACAUUGGGCUGGCUGACAUCACCGCCGCCAUCGCCGUCGCCGCCACCUCCUCCGUUAGAUUUUUCUUGUUUUCUUUUUUAAUUCUCAAAAGUAAAUACAUGUUUGAGUUAAUUUUGGACUUUCCUUUCUCUUUCUUCCUAAUGGUAUUGGUGGCACAUCAGGAUCAAUGUACUAUACCAUAAGAGUGGGUUUUUUUUUCUUAAAAAAGAAUAUUCUUUUAUAUUAAAUUAUAUCCUAAUAGUGUAUAAUAAUAUUGAUUAGAGGACUUGCUUUGUUUUAUAUGGGGGUAAAAUAAAAAGGUCAUAUAAUGUUUGUAUAUGUAUUGUCCUUGUAUGAAUUGAAAAAUAGUAUCAGCACUUUUUCUUUC